UUGUAUUUAUUCCUUCACUCUUAUCGGCAAGGAAACAACUUACAACAUAAUCAAUAAGUUGGUAGGAACAACAAGCACUCAUUGCAAUCUACCACUACAACAACUCCUUUCACCAUGUCUGCUGCACCCACACGACAGCAAUUCUUGCGGCUUUAUCGCGAUUACCUCAAUACGGCGCAAUCAUUUUCCUCAUACAAUUUCCGAACAUACUUUCUAAGACGGUCAAGAGAUAUGUUUAGAUCAAAUCUAUUACCCGCAUCCGAAGCAACACUUUCAUCGCCUAUAUCAAAAGCAAGUGGAAGGACAACACUUGCAUCACCAUCAACGCUAGCAUCACCAAUACCCAAUGCACUUUCAUCCUCCACUUCUUCAAGUGGAAUUUCAGAUGAAGAACGUUUAAAGACGUUUUAUGAAACGGCAAAAAAAGACCUAAGUGUUUUGAGAAGGGCAGCUUUGACAAAUAGAAUGUAUGAAGGUGAACGAUUGGUUAUUGAAAAACCUCAAUUGAUCGUCGGAGGUGGUGGUGCGGGUGCAGAAGCAGCUACGGGCGGAUCAGGUCAACCGGUCGCCACUCCACAAAGCUCUGGUGGCGCACCACCUUCGAAUGAUGGUUCAGAAGGAUCGGGAAGGCAAUAAUGGAGUGAAAGGAUGUCAAUGACUUUGAGGGGAGUUUGCUUCUUCCCCCAAUUUUAAUUGCCAUUCAGUCUAGAACGGUAAUCUACCUUUCAUGUACUAAUGUCACAGCGAAUGGAAACCUGUUCUCUGCUUGUAAGUUGAUGAUUGAUUGUGACACAAAGAAUUAGAGAAACAUGGAAGAUAAGGAGCAAGAGAAUUAAACUUGCCGCUGCAUUGAAGAUGCUUCUUUACUUUUUGUUGCAGCUGUCUCCGCACGGCGAGAAUCCUGAAUGACUGAUGGAG